GCGCUUGGAUAAAGAAUAGCUAACUAUCGUGAAAUUUUCAUACAAUGAGAGUUUUAUGUAUGAUAGCAUUUGUUUUGUUUACGUUUUAUCAAGUACAAUGUUUGGGAAAGACGGAGGAGGAGCGGGUUUUACCAGUGGCGGAUAAAGAGGAGCGGAGUGACUUUGAUAUCACAGACAUUAGGUCUGAAUGCAAUGAGACGUUUCGUAUCGAGAUGUUUUAUCUAGAAUCACUAAAUACCACUGGGAGCUUUCCAGACGAAACGGAUAAGACACCGAAGUGCUACGUCCGCUGCGUGUUGGAGCGUAGUCUGGUGAUGUCUGAAGACGGUCAGUUCGACCCUGAGCGAACAGCCGACACCUUCAUGCGCAGCGACAUCCCGCCUGACACCGUCAAACGGAUGGCUGAUGGUUGCUCUGAACGGUCUGAAACUUGCAAAUGCGAGCGGGCCUACCAAUACAUGAGGUGCUUGCUACAGAUGGUAGUAGAGGAUAAAAAGGAAUAACUAAUGAACUGAGAAGAAAACUGCUCUUUAACGAUGAACUGACGCUUCCUAUGGAUUUGUAACAACAUUGUAAACAUUUAUAUAUAAAUUACAGAUUAUUGAGCUCAU